AUGGAGUGCCUUGGAUCCAACUUGGUUCUGGUGAUUGAGUUGAUUCAGAUUGUCGUUGUUGUAACUGAGGAAGCGAAGGCCAAGGAGAUUUUCAAGAAGAGGAAGCAGAACGAGAUGGCCAAGGCUGCAAACCGGAAGGCCCCCCCCCAAGCCGAGCCGUCGCAACCCACUCGGCCCAACCAGGAGCCGCCGCAAUCAAGUCGACCGCCAUCUCAGCCCUGGCAGUCGCAGCCCAGCGACCCCCAACCCCAGCCGUUGCAACAGAGUCGGCCGCCGCAACCCCAACCCUUGCCGACCCAACCUAAAGGGCAGCCGAAGUCAUUUGGCCCUCCUGAAUCCAGUCGGCCGCCGCAGCCCCAGCUCUUGCCGACCCAACCUAAAGGGCAGCCGAAGUCAUUUGGCCCUCCUGAAUCCAGUCGGCCGCCGCAACCGCAGCCCUUGCUGACCCAACCCCAAGGACAGCCGAAGUCGUUUCACCCUCCUGAACCCAGUCGGCCGCCACAACCCCAGCCCUUGCUGACCCAACCCCAAGGGCAGCCGAAGUCGUUUGGCCCUCCUGAAUCCAGUCGGCCGCCACAAGCCCAGCCCUUGCUGACCCAACCGCAAGGGCAGCCGAAGUCAUUUGGCCCUCCUGAAUCCAGUCGGCCGCCACAACAAGCCCAGCCCUUGCCGAUGCAAGCCAGCUCGCAUUCAUCUGGCGCUCCUCCAUCCAAGUCGACUGCUCCCAAGUCGCCUGGCCCUGCUGGAGUCGCCAACCCAACUCCACCCAAGUCGGCUGGCCAGCCAGCAAAGGCGACGCCCAAGCAGUCGCCCUUCGAGCCGAGGCCCGGUCCGGCCCAGCCGUUCACACCGCCACCGCACCUCGGAGAAACGUUUUGUCCAGGAUGUGCAUGUGCUUCUGAAGCUGAGUCUGUGUUUGUUGCUGGUAGAUUCGCCACGGCAAUUCUAAGGCAGUUGCCAGUUUGGGGGGCACAAGUCGGUCAACCUCUGGUGGUGCCACUUGGCUUGGACGGCCGGCUCCUUUUUUGCGAUUGUCUGCUAGUGCCGAUUGGCUCCAGGUCGGCGGGUCAAGCCAUGCCCCAAAUGGAUCAGGCAGCAGCUUGGGCGGCAGCGAUGGUGACACUCGAUUCGGCAAUGAGCUUUUUGAUUUCCGAUUGCUUUCGUGGUUUGGCAUUGAUUGGGGAGUCUGAUAAUCUGAGGAACGACACGGUUCGUGACCGGAGAGAAACAGAAGAACGUCGAGUCGAGCAAUGGAAACGAAGCCCGGCGACGGAUGUGAAGACGGCCAAGGCAGAGCAACAGUCGGAGAUGGCCAAAACGAAGAUGAUCCAAGCGAAUGCCAUUCUCGACGCCGCUAAAGUCGCCUUUGCUUCGUCCAGCGGCUCACAGUCGGCCAAGAAAAACGCCAAGGGCGCUGCCGAACGCAUCCUCAGGGAGUUGAAAAGCGAGUCGGAGGAGUCGUCCUCGUCGUCCUCUUCGAAGUCGCCGGUGCAGAAGAAGAAGAAGAAGCAAGGGCGUCCGGCAGUCGACAAGAAGGCUGACAAGAAUAAGAAGGGCGCCAAAAAUGUGUCAAAAUCUAGGGGACGUCACCGGUAG